AUGAACGCACAACAGCCUACCGUGCCUUCAGCCUUACUUCCCGAAAUUCUUGAGUUUUCCCCUCAGCUCCUCCUCGACGACAUUAUCAACUAUGCUAACGAAGCAAUAACAAACACCGUUGACGCCUUAGAGGGCUUCCUGUUUCGCUGGGCAUCUGAGCGAGAACAAAGAAUUAAAGAGGAUUGGGAUAGCACGCAAGAAGUGGAACAGGGCCUUGUCGCUUUCCAAACGCUUCUGGAAUCCCACACGGAUAUUGCCUUUGACUUUUUCGAGACAUGGUCACUUCGUAACAUAUUCGCCAUUCCUGCCGAUCUUCCCGUCGUCGUCCCUCAUCAAGAGAACCUCGAUCUCGAUUGCCCCCCAGAACGUGAAACAGAGCUCAUGACAGAGAUAGAUGACUUGCGAAGAAAAAUAGAUGCUCAACGUCGCUUGAAGCGUUUGUUGACUCGUGCAGUCCGCUUGUCUUCAGCAAAACGCCGUCGCUCUGAACGUCGCUUGGAGCAGUUCUCUUUCCUUCAAGCACCCCAAGUUUCUGAACUCAUGAGCCUUCCAGAACAGUAUCGCUCGAUGUUCUCAGCAAUAUCGUCCCUUCCGCCUCUUACACCUGAAGCUGUCGCUGCCUUUUCGCAAUCGCCAUUGGCAGACCCUGGCAAACGGCCGUGGGAAGUCAGUAAGAUGGGUUAUCUCGACUGGGCCAGCAAGCAGGUACUUGCCAAAGCACAGCAAUCUGAUGGUGGUGCUGGUAGCUCAGCAGUAGGAUCGCUGGUGGAAUCCACUGCUGCGGUAGCGAAGACUCAAGAUCUCAGGCGAUUGAUGGAAGUGAACUCUGCCUUAGAGAAUGCUUAA